AUGCUCCUCAGCCAGCUGACCAUUCUGAGCCUGCUCAGUGGGGCCUGGCUGCCUAUGGGCUUGGGGAGACCUGGACCCCACGGUCUCUCGCCCCAGCCCUGGGCUGCCGCUAAUCAGACCCGAACUCUGGGCGGAGGGGCCCUAGCCUCCUCGGUGCCAUCCUCCGCCCUCGGCAGCUGGAAGGCCUUCUUGGACCUGCAAAAAACUGGGCGAUUGGGGACAGGUGGGCUGCAGCCUGGGCAGGAGGUGGUUACCACCAUGUCUCUCCCACUGGAUCCACAGGAAAUGGCCCAGGAGAUAUGCAAGGCUGUGCCCUUUACUCAGGUGCUCUCCCGGCUGGGCUGCACAGCCGUGCGCCUCCGCAAUCACCUCUGCUUUGGUCACUGCUCUUCGAUCUACGUCCCUGGUGUGGACCCUACCCCGCUUGUCCUCUGCAACAGCUGUGUGCCCACUCGCAGGCGCUGGGCACCUGUGGUCCUUUGGUGUCGAGUGGGCAGCCCAGCCUCCCGUCGGCGGAUGAAGACAUCCACAGUGCUGGUUGAGGGGUGUCAGUGCAGCCCGAAGGCAUGA